AGCGGAUGUUGACUGUUAACACUGCAGUCGAAGCUGCUAACGUCAAAAUACUUCAGUUGCACCGCGGGCAGGCAGCGUUGCUCAUAACCAGGUUGAAGAAUAUUUGUCAGAUUGUCGGUCCGGUAUCAGAGUCAAAGUCUUCAGGAGAGUUGUGAGUAGAGCUCCGUGUCCAUCCCCUUUUCCCUGUACAGACAUCCGGCCAGUAUGUCAAGUGAUCCUCCUCCUCCAUAUCCUGGAGGUCCCAGCGCCCCACUGAUUGAGGAGAAGAAUGGACAACCAGUUCCUGUAAGAACUGCUCCCAUACAGGGGCAGCCAUUGCCUCCAGACUAUGGCCCUCCACCUUAUGAGGCUCCAGGACCAGGAUUCCUCCCCCCACAUGUUCCUGGUGAAGGACCAAUGCCUAUGCCAAUGCCUCCACCACCUCAAGGUGGCGCUUACCCACCCCCGCCAGGUCACUACCCCCACCCGAUGCCGGGACAGAUGGGUCCAGGUCCCAGUCACUUUGUCCACAUGGGAGGCCACACAGCGACCGUCCUGGCUCCACCGGGAGCAGCCACCACUGUGACCGUACUGCAGGGGGAAAUGUUCCAGACCUCACCUGUGCAGACUGUGUGUCCGCACUGCCAGCAGGCCAUCGUUACACGCAUCUCCCAUGACGUCGGACUCAUGAACACACUCUUCUGCCUCUUCUGCUUCUUUGUAGGGUGUGACCUCGGCUGCUGCUUGAUUCCCUGUCUGAUUGACGACCUCAAGGAUGUGACACACACCUGCCCUUACUGUAAGGGCUACAUUUACACAUACAAGCGUAUAUGCUAACCACCGACAGCUGUAUGUUACAGAGACAUGCACACAAACACUCACAGCUCCUCCUGCUGGUAGUGACAGGCUUCUCCUCCCAUUUUUGCAAAGUGUUGUGUAGCCCUCUUAAAUUGUAAGUGCAGUUUUCUCAUUAGUUCACAGAAUAUUUACUGUAUAUAUCUUUGAUUCUUUCAUGUAUAAAUAUGCAUUUGAUAUGUACAAAUCUCACUGAACUGAGUGUGUAGGACACCAAAUCAUCCACACAGAUGGAAAGGCAGACAGCACGUUAGUGCAUCUGAUCCUGUUUGAAACCUGAAGAGAAGGCUUGUAAUGUCACACACAGAAACAGAAAAAACAAUCAGAUAGACAGGCAAUGUUUAGUUAGAGAAAGCUGUGAAAAAUGGUCACUUUAUUUAAAAUCAUCUGUGAAUUUAGCAAGAAAACAAGUGUAUUGAAGUUAAACAUGCUGAGUUAGCUUUGUUUUCUUUUAUUUAUUAUUAAAAAUUUUAUCCAUUAUUUUAACAUGCUAAUAUGUAGAACUGUGAACAUUUUUGUCCAUGUCUGAUUACUAACCAUUUUUUUCCUUUUAUCAUUAUAAUCCCUUAUGAUUGUUAUCAAACUAACAGUUUUCACAUCAAUGAAGUGGUUUGUUUGCUCAUACAGGACGACAAAGAUUAAUGUAACUUUCUGUAAUUCUUCUGGGCUUCAAUCAGAAGUCGCAUAACUUAGUGAGUUAUAGCUGAGCUGUUAACACAUUUAAAAUCCCUCUGUCUGUGAUGUUUUUUAAUUUUGAUAAUAUAUCCAAGAUUUGCACUUUAAGUUGGAAUUAAAAUUUCCCCCUUUGAGAACCAUCAACCUCAGCUGUCACAGGUGCUUUAGAAACUUUAGCUUCGAUGGGGGAGAAAAAAAAAAAGAUUAAAAUUUUGAUUUUUUUGUUUGUUGUUAGCCAAUUAAGUCCAGCCAUAUAUGCACUUAUUCAGAGUAUAUUAGAAUCAAAGCGGAGCAGUGUUUUAUUGAGGACACUUUGUGUGACAUCAGAGCUCUGCAGUAGUUUAUCUGUUGGCUGGUUGUUUGAGCCACAGUACACAGACGAGUCAUUUAAAACCACAACCUGACGAAUAAACAAAUGCAGAGAAGUAUGUCGGCAAACUACUAACAGUAGUGGCAUCAUCCUUUACACGUCACUGUUACAUCUUUAACCCUCCUAAUACGGCGUCAGCCUUUAAAGAGUACCUGCAUUGCUCAGAUGCAUGUUAGAUGAUAAAAAUAUAAAUGUCUUUGGACUAAAUAGAAACCACACACUAGGAAAUAAGCUUCAGAUCAAUGAUUGUAUCACACAUCUUUCAAAAUAACAUAGUGAUUCCAUUGAGAUUACUAACAGUGAAUCAAGCAUUGUUCCAGCACAGCAUGCUUCAAGUGACAUUCACCUUCACUCAUUAGAUGCAGAGAUUGUCUGCAUGGACCACACAACAAGAUAAUACAAUCUUACAGGCUUGUUCCUUGACUCUUAUGCAUUUGAUUUUAUUUUCCUUAAGGCUAGCUAAGCAGUGCAAGAAAGUCCAUUUUAAGUUGAAAGAUUGUGUUGAACUUUGAAUAAGAAGUACUGUAUGCCAUUGUUGUGGAUAAUGCUGGUAUGCAUUGCUCUCUAAAUGUCUGUGAUAUGUACAACUAUACAAGUCAAAAAUUUGUUUGACUGUUGUAUACAGUUACUAUUUUAUCAAUAAAAAACAGAACAAGA